UAUUGUGGUACAUAUCGCAAUAAAUAUAGAAUCUUAGAAACGAAAAGCUUAUCACGGAGACAGCCUUUUGGCUACAUAUUCACUAGUUCCACGAAUGCGCACACGAGCUCCCGGUGCAGUCGUACAUUUAAUUUGUGAAGUAUACAGACAGUGAUGUAUUAUAAUAAUGUACUCAAUAUGAAGCUGCAUGUAUUUGCAAUCUCUAAUACAAUAGUUCGUCGACCUUGUAUUGUAUUGUGACAGGACGAGCGUUCUACCUAGUGAAUUAAGCAGUAGAAGGAAGCCAUAAUCUUAUCAAAUCAGGCUUCUCUUUGCACGCGCCACGCGCUUCGACCAGUGUCGCUCCCUGGCGGCGAUGCUUGAAGCUCCACCCUUUCCGCUGUCGCCCGCCCUUUCCUCGCCUUUCUUGUCGGGCGCACGCGACCCGUCAGUGUCGGUCGGCUUGGCUUGUUCUAUCUGAAACAGACAAAAUCAGAGGAGUUUUCCGCGUCGUCCAUCUCGAGCCUUGCCGUCAUCACGGCUUCCCGCCGCGCGCAUAUGUAAUAUACGCUCUCCGACGUCUUUCUUAGUUAUUCAGCAUGGCGUUCGAGUAAAGGAUAUAUCAUUACCACAUAGAACUGGCAGGACCCAACUAAUUCGAGAAUAAUUUGUGUAUCAAAGUGAGUCAUCUGUCGGACAGAACGCGCAUGUGCCUCGUGACAAAGUGUGCAUUAAGUGUCGAUCUUAUUCGUUGCUUGCAAGCCUCGCAUACCCUCGUUCGCGCGGAUCGUAAGUUUCAUUUACAAGCUUCUACCCACCUUUCACCGAAAAUUCUACCUUUGCGUGUGAGAAUUCCCAUCCGAACUCUUCAACAAGAAUGACGCCGGGGGUGGUGCCCAUUGACGACUUGAAGUCAAACACAACAAAAGUAACCACAGCGUCGAAAACAGCCACGGUAGCUGCUUCUACUACUAUGAACAGUCAUGAUAAUAAUAACCACAGCAGUGGCAACAGUAGCGUGACUGCUAAUAGUAACAGUAACAAUAACAACAGUAAUAGCAACGAGCAGCUUGGCGGCAACGCAAGAGCCACCGAACCCGUGCUUCCUGUAAUACAGGAGAAAUUUCGCGUUGAAGGAUGGCUUUUUGUCAAAGAUAAAGAUCUUGUUUACUCAGCUAGGUCAGGUAGCCCUGUCGUAGACUCUCGGUUUCGAAGGGUCUCUCGGCGAGGGGCCUCGUUAGGUGGGGAUCUUCAGAAAUCAUCGUCGGGAGUGAUCAAUUCCACUGGGAGUUUAAGACCCAGCGGCGGAUUUAGUACACUUUCGAACCGAGACGUUACUUCCAAUGGAUGGAACAGAUAUUACUGUGCUUUACAUCGAGGAAUAUUCUCGCAUUACUCUAGUGAAGAGCAGAGCUUGAUCAGUGACAAAGUAGCAAUUGACUUCGAGCGCGUCCGUCUGGACGGUGGACCUCUACGAGUCUACAACCCAUGGUACGAUAAGGGCACGCUGACGGGAGAUACUACUUGCCUACUGGAAGGCGCUAGCCUUGUGACCCCUGUUCCUGAAGAAGAUGAAGGCUGCGAAAGUGAGGUGUCCCUCGAAUCCACUAUUACCAAAGAUCUGCGAGAUCGUGAGCCGACAUCAACUAAAAUCCAGAGUGUUACUGCGACAGCAACGUCAGGCAGAGAAAACUUCCAUGUUCAAACGAACGGUCAAACUGUCACCAUACGGCGGAGAGCUCCCAGCAACAAAGUAGACCGAGCGACUUCACCAUCCGUUUCCGCACAUCCGAUGGCUGGCAGCACUGACCAUCAGCUGACGCAGACGGAGUUCGAGUUCGUUGGCAGCCGUCGGCACACCCUACAGUAUACACCCCGAACUUCGACGUUGCCGCUCAAUGUUGCCAGUCCAGGAUCGCAUCAUAGACAACCCCUGUCGCCAGACACGUCAUACGACAAAGCGUUGGAGAGCCGACGGAGUUCGGCGCCCUCGACGCCGGUGCUGGGGGUUCGACCUCCGCCAGUCUCUUCGUCUCUUCUCUCCGAUGAUGCUGCUUCAACCGCCGCGUCGGAUACGAACUCCACUUCUAGGUUCAGUAGCUUUUUUUCGAAAAAGUCAUUCAAGAACAACCCGCUGAAGAGGACAAAAAGUGUUACAAAGCUGGAGAGAAAGCGAACCUCGACCCUGCUUCGAGAUCAAGGAGGUGCGCACGGAGGGGUCUUACGCAAUUCGCGCUCACACGAAUCAUUAUUGGCCUCGAUUCAGGGCAGUGUUGCCCCGGUACCGAACGUCGAUUUGUGCCUUCACCCAUCGGCUCCGGCUCAGUCGGCAACCCUUGCGCACACUCCAAAAGGUCUUCAUCACACCACCUCAGGGUCACAUCAUCAUACGCCGACACCACUGGCCCACCAGAAGCUGCUGCUUCAGCAGCAACAGCACAGUCAACUUCACAAUAGCAGCGCUACUCAUGGUGGCCACGGGGUCCAAUCGCAAGCUCCCGGCUUAGGUCAUAUGACAACGGUGGUUCACGCAGUCGACCCAUCGUUACUCAAAGGAGAACACCACAAGCACUGCUUUGAGCUGGGCAGUCGCCUAUAUUCUUGCAGUACACGAGAAGAGCGGGAUAAGUGGGUACGCUAUUUGGUCAACGCGAGGAUGCCUGGCGAACAGCGUCUAGACGCGAGCGGUGAAAUGCGCUCGAAGCCACGUACAGAGAAUUUUCUUCAGGUGACUGUUUUUGAAGCGAAAGGCAUUCCCAACAAGAAGAAGUAUCUGGCUGAGCUGAACAUUGGCAGCAAAUUGCGGGCUGAAACUUGUCCCAAACAGAAACUGGACAUGUGUUUUUGGGGUGAAAACUUUGAGUUUGAUCAUCUGCCAUUGGUGAAAGAAACGCUAACCGUGUCCCUGUAUCGAGAAGUUGACAAACGCAAAAAGAGACAUCUGUUGGGAUCGGUUAAAAUUCCGCUCAAGGCUACCACAAACACUACACCGACGCAUGUUGAAAGCUGGUACCAGUUAGAACCAAAUAAUGCUACGAUGGGCAGUAAUCCACCCCCGAUGGCCAUUCGGGUGCGAACAAAAUUCCAGUCCCUCGAGGUAUUCCCCAUGGAUUGCUAUGCAGAUUUUUUCGGUUACUUGCAGAGCGAAUACCCAACGCUAUGUGAGCUCCUCGAGCCGUCGGUGUCUGUGAAGACAAAAGAGGAGGUCGCCACUGCCCUUGUGCACAUUAUGCAGAAGCAGGGACUCGCUACCGAGUUCGUCACUGAGCUAGUCAUGAAUGAUGUGCAAAAAAUUGAGGAUGAACAGCUUACGUUUCGUGGUAAUAGCGUCGCGACAAAAACGAUGGAAGCAUACAUGAAACUGAUGGGAGGCCAGUUCUACCUGCAAGAAACACUUCGCGGAGCCAUCGAACUCCUCUUAGCUGCCAGCGACGACUGCGAGGUCGAUCCCUCGAAGGUGGCCAAUCAUCAAACCUUGCUACAGCACCAGCUCACAUUAAAAAAGCACGUUGACCUUGUGUGGAGACGUAUCCGAAGUUCCGCCGCGUAUUUUCCGGCUGAGCUUAGGCUAGUGUUUGGCAUCUUAAGGGACAGACUGCGCAGACGACAAGAACUCUAUUACAACCUCUUAUCAGCAUCGAUCUUUUUACGCUUCCUUUGUCCGGCUAUUCUGUCUCCGUCACUUUUCAAACUAUGCCAGGAGUAUCCCGGGGAGCGAGUUUCACGAAACCUAACGCUCAUCGCAAAAACGAUACAGACCUUAGCAAAUUUUGCUCAGUUCGGUGGCAAAGAACACUAUAUGGAGUUUAUGAAUGACUUUAUCCACGUAGAAAUGCAGAACAUGCGCGAAUUUCUAGCCGAGAUCUCGUCAGGCCCACCAGUGGCAUCUACUCGCGGAUUGCUAUCUGAUGACUCACUCAUCGAUUGUCCGCGACAUCUAGCUCAGCUGCAUGUUCUCCUGAAGGAUGCGUUUCCAGCUGUCUCGAAAAGUCAGGCGACAAAAACGAAUGUCGAUAAACUCAUGCAGGCGCUUAACAGCGUUCAGUAUCCGAAGCCGCCAAAAACGGCGCCGCAGGCUGCACCUGGUGGCCACGUGCACGGGGCACUGGCAGCACGCGACCUAUCAACAUGUGACGACUACGUCCUUUUAAGCGCCCUUGGAGCACAUGGCGGAAAGCAAACGUCGACACCAAUAUCAUACGCCACUCAUCCGACGGCGCUGUUCUCUAACGGCUUUACUGACAACAACAAUUGUAGCGGCGUAAGCAGUUGUGACGCUUCAACCUCCUCGUGCGAAGAUACCGACCUUGAGAUCACCUCGACGAUCACGUCUUCGUCAACGCAAAACAAAGACGUGGCCACGUCGACAGGCACGGCACUCAGCCCCAUGUCAGCAAUAAGGGAUCAGGGCGUUGGUGAAGCUUUCUUCGAUCACGAAUGUCACCUCAAGGAGAUUCUUGCCGACCUGCAUGAGAAGCUCAGUCAGGCCGAGAUGAAACUCGAGGCACAGAAACGUCGGGCCGAAGAAGGCGAAGAGCGUCUCAGAAGGCAGAAAGAGGAAAAGGACGAACAAAUGAAGUCUAUCAUUACGCGACUCAUCACCGUCGAGGACGAACUUCGCAAGGAGAAACAUGAAAUGCAACGCGAGAUGGCACAGGUGAUUGCAGCCAAGCAGCAGAUGAUCGAUGAGCGUGAAUCGAAAAUUCUUAAUUUGGACGCUACUAAUCAGCGAUUACUGAGCGCCUUAAGUCAACUGCGGGAGAAGUACGACACAUCGCUGAGCCCUGGUAGCAGCGCGUCGACAGCAGGAACAAGCAACGGUUCCAUACAGACAUCGGGUGGAAGCCCUAACGGGAACCAGUUAAGCGGCGGUGGUAGUCCGAUUCGAGCAGCACAAUUAAUUGAAACCGCAGUUCAAACAGCCAGUCAAUAUAAAAGCAGUAGCUGCUAACUGUCACAACUAGAAAAAUGAAAAUAUGGCGUAUAAAUGGUCCGUGUGUGUACGCUUGAAAGAGUGAUGUGGAGGCGCUAGCGUCGGCCCAUGAAUUAAAAGAACGAACAUUCGCGAAUGGUUGGUGAGAAAGGGGGGAGGGAAGAGGGAGAGUGAAAAAAUUAUUAAAUAAUAGAGUUUUGUGCUAGAAGUAGGUGGAAUAAUAGAUUGAUCGGAGCUCACUAGUCCAUUCAAAUGUAGUGUGAAGAAAGACAUUAGAACAAAGCAAUGAAUGGUGUCAUAAAAUCCGUGUUAGCUAUGCCUUCAGCAAAACUUUCGAGUAAAUCAUUAAAAUGCAGCAAGCGCACAUAAAAAUAAAAGCAAGUUAAUAUUAAGCAAGCGAACAAUACGAUCCUUUGGUUAGACGUCGAAAAUCGUACGCUCUUGAGAUCAGCUAGCUAACAGAAGAAUAUUCGAGCAGAAAAUGGGUGAAGAUAAUAAUGAACACUGGGACAGCUUGCAAGAUGAUCCAAUGAUUCCACUUUGUACAAAGUUAUUUUGCGUCGGCCGCCAAGAGGCAGCGCGAGAAGGACGAUCUUAAAGAGAGACGUUUGCGUACCGACCCCUUUUAUUGUUGUUCCCACGCCGAAACGUUACGGGUGGCGUAAUGCCCGGCGGCAACAGUGAAGCGUGUAAUAUGCUUCGAUUGUGAAGUGGUCCGUGAACGUCGAAGCAGAACGGAAUAAAUCUAAGUGUUACUUAAUUACACUGCGUUAUCUCAAGCUUAGAUGCGCGUCUUUGCGGCAGAUCGCGAACGUGCUGAUAUAAAAAUCCGACCUGAACACGACAGAAAAGUAAUGUACGUUCAUUAUUAUACCUAGAGCACAAAAAUGGUGAAUCUUCGUGGUUUUUUUUGUUUGCCUGUGAACCCAAUGAUAAAGGACAGCCUGCAGCCACUCUAUAAGCAGCAUUCGAAGCGGUGUGUAUGGCUUACAGCUGUGUAUACAUAGAAAUUGUAUAUAUAAGCAUAUAUUUAUAUUGACUUAUGCCAGGCGUAUUCCACUGAUUUGUAAAGGGAUGAAGAAUCGUCGAUUUUUGAAGAGUGGUCGAGUAAAAAGGACCACAGUUCCGUCAAUGUGUACAGAAAUGUCAAAUCUAACAAUUAGAAAAACCGCUAUCGAGAACCAACGACGGAACAGGUCCCGGUGGAGCGUUAUGCUACAACAGAUAUGAUAAUUAGUCCAAGUCGCGUGUCACGAGUGGGUUGGUUCCACAAAAAAUUACGAAAACGACAUCGAGAACAGAUCCUAAAAGCGAAGAAUAUUAACAACAUAAAACGUGACAAACACGAAUCAAGGAUUACGACAGACGGAGAUAUAUAUGAAACAGAGACACACAGCGAAUUAUAGAUAAUAUAAUCAACCAAAGACGGCGAUAAUGUCUAAUGUAUGGUACGCAGCACAUUCACUCAGUAUAUUUAUGUUCAUUGUAAAUAAAUACUUUUAUCACCCGU